UUGCAUCGGGAGCGGCGGAGAAGUCUCUCGCGCGCGCGCGGGCCUGUCGGAAAGCGCUGGGACGAUGGCGACGGGUAAAAGUAAAAACCAGAGUUCCCUGGCUCUGCACAAGGUGAUCAUGGUGGGCAGCGGCGGCGUGGGCAAGUCGGCGCUGACCUUGCAGUUUAUGUAUGACGAGUUCGUGGAGGACUACGAGCCUACCAAGGCGGACAGCUACAGGAAGAAAGUGGUCCUGGACGGAGAGGAGGUCCAGAUCGACAUCCUGGACACGGCCGGCCAGGAGGACUACGCCGCCAUCAGGGACAACUACUUUCGAAGCGGCGAGGGCUUCCUGCUCGUCUUCUCCAUCACCGAGCACGAGUCGUUCACGGCCACCGCCGAAUUCAGGGAGCAGAUCCUGCGAGUGAAGGCGGAGGAGGACAAGAUCCCUCUGCUGCUGGUGGGGAACAAGUCGGACCUGGAGGACCGUCGCCACGUGUCUGUGGACGAGGCCCGCGGCAAGGCCGAGGAGUGGGCCGUCCAGUACGUCGAGACCUCCGCCAAAACCAGGGCCAACGUCGAUAAGGUUUUCUUCGACCUGAUGCGCGACAUCCGGGAGAAGAAAAUGUCGGAGAACAAGGAUAAAAACGGAAAAGGCAAGAAGAAGAAGAAGAAGAAGAGCUUGAAAGAGAGAUGCUGUCUCCUCUGAAAUCCGCACGGACCUUGAAUCACGCACAAUCCUGACUGCAGAGUUUAAAAAAAAAAAAAAACUUUUUUAUUUUUGGUGGUCUUUCAAUUCAAGUCUACCCGUUUUCUAAGCAGUGUGAGUUCAGUAUGUCAACUAAUUAAUUCCUGCUCGAUGCCAUGUGGAACUAACUAAGCAAAAAGAUCCUGACCGAUGGAGCAACCUGCCGGUGACGUGAGCGCUUCAUUUUCGGCUCUGGACCUCGGAGAUGCUGACUGCCCUUGAUUUUUUUCCAGUGCUCGUGUUUUUUUUUUUUUUUCUUCUCAAUCUUAAUCUGUCUUCUGGCUUGUUUUCUUAUUGUACUGCAAACUAAAACUCUAAUGCUCUCCUGCCUGUCACCGUAAAGCAAAUUUACAGCAACUCUAAUCCUGUCUUUUUAUGCCGCAUUUGUCCUUUUCUCACCACUGCAAAACAACUCGGGUGAGUUGAAACGUUCUUUCAUUCAGUCACUUUUUUUUUCUUUAAAUAAUCCGACGAUGCUCCUCUGAUCUUGAUGUCAUUUUGACCCACUUUCCAAAGUGCACAUUUUACUGUCCGUUUCUGACGGCGGCUUAGCUUUGGAGUGACUUUUUCCCUCUUUGGAAGAACAUGCACUACAGCGGAUGCUCAGAAGUUGCCACUAAAAAUGAUUUCGGCAAGUACGUCUUUUCACUAAGGUCCACUAACUUUUGCUUUGGAUGCCAACAUUUUAACGAUGGGAAAUGUAACUUUUCUAACAUUGUACUUGCCCUUCCUCAGUUAGCCACUUAUUUCCCCACUACUGUGACUUAAGUUUUAUUUCUAUCCUGUGAGCAUUGCUGAAUAAAUGUUUUUAUACAUA